AUGCUUCGAAUAUGCAUACAAAAAGAUUCUCGCCUCAUAACUGUACUCGGAAGUGAGGCUCAGCUAGAAAUAUUCAGCUUGACACAGAACUUAUGCAAGGAUCGCCUGAACUGGCUCUGCGAUCUGAAGUCUUCGGGACAGCAGAUCUUCGAAAUUAAGCCAAGCGCGAGACCUGAUGCCACGGACGAUUGCUGGUUUGAGUCUGGACACCGAGCGGAGACGAAUUCAGGGAAGUCCAUCCUCCUGCUGAUUAACCACCUCUCAGACAGGCUCGGUGACGCGGUUGAAUUGCCAAUAGUCCCAACGAUUGGAUUCUAG